CCCAGCUUUGUUUGGCCCAGAACAGAUUUUCAGAAGGCUCUCAUCAUGUACCUGUUAGUGGUGGUUCUCUCUCUUCUGCUGAGCUCUGUUCCCGCUCAGAGCCGUCCUGUUGAGGAUUUAAUUGAAAAGAUCUCUGGGAAAAUAGGACAGCGAGUGGAUGGGCCCUUGAUCACGUUUGGAGACAUCGCCGUAUCAACAGGGUUCAAGAAUGCAGAUCCGUGCACAGCUCGUGGAUGCAAAUGGGAGAGAAGCACGGAUGGAUUAGUCUAUGUACCCUACGUGAUCUCCAACCAGUACUCUCCAAAUGAACUACAAGUGAUUAAACAAGGCUUGCAGUCCUUUGCGGCUGUGUCCUGCAUUCGAUUCGUACCACAUGCAGGACAGAGGCACUUUCUACACAUAAAGUCUGAUUCUGGUUGCUAUUCAUAUUUGGGGCGCCAAGGUGGAGAACAGGUUGUUUCUCUCCAGCGUCAUGGGUGUGUCUAUCACAGUACUGUUCAACACGAGCUCCUUCAUGCCCUCGGGUUCCAUCAUGAACAGAACCGCAGCGACCGCGACAAACACAUCAAAAUCCUUCUUGAGAACGUCAUACCAGCACAGCAGCACAAUUUCAUGAAAACAGCGACCAAUAAUCUGGCAACCCCCUAUGACUACAACUCUGUGAUGCACUAUAAAAGGUAUGCUUUCUCCAAGAACAACAAUCCGACCAUGAUUCCCAUUCCUAAUAUGAACGCUGUGAUUGGGGAAGCUCAAAAAAUGAGCCCCAAUGACAUCCUGCGCAUUAAAAGACUCUACUGCAGUUGAAGUGCUACCAGGCUGCAGGAAGGAUGUGUUUGCUGAUAUUAUUAAUCUUUUCAUCCUAGCAUUCAUCAUUCACAUAUCAUCCUUUUUAAAAAAAAAUUCCACAUCAAAGUUUCAAAUGAUUUUUUGCUUUUUAUCUUUUAAAAAUUAAACAACUUUUUCAAUCAGACACCUUUUAGUAAACAUUCAGUAUCAGAGGCAUGUGAAUAACCAACAAAAGGUGCAUAUACUGUACACUUAAAAUGCUUUCUAAAGGGGUCCUAUUAUUAUUAUUAUUAUUAAUAUUAUUUUUUUUUUACUUUUUCAACUUCAAUUAGGUUGCCAUUUUUGAAACUACUAAAUGUUUAAUGUAUAAUAUUCUAUCAAAUUGUGUACCGGCAUAAAAUUAGUACAUUUUUUAACAUGAAGUAUUAUAUAUGAUGUACGUUAAGGAUAACAUUCAUAACAAAGUUAAAAAAAAUGAAAAAUGGCAUCAACAGAAUAAAGGAAUUUAGUUCAUAUGCCUUUACGACUUGAAAGUCUUUGUAAGGUUUCAAAAUAAAUCUCAGCAUUGAAAUGGGUGUUUUUGAGUAUCUUUUGUAACACGUGCGUCAAUUGACAGGCACUGACAAUAUACUAAUAUCUUUAGGGCAAUAGGAAGGCAUAAAUUAAACAGCUCAACUUUGUGGGGGAAUAAAUCUGUAUUGAAAAUAAAUUGGUUCUUUGCAGAGAAUAAAGUGAAAAAAAGAACAUUAUUUUACAGUAUUCACAGUUUCAAUUGAAUGACACUUCGCGAUGACAAAGAAAAAAAAACUCAAUCAAAUUGCAAUACACCAAUUAUGCAUGGACUAAUCUGGUUGCACCCAAUAACUAUAUAGUUUAGU